AUGGACGCAAAGACAAAAAUCAUCAUCAAGGCAGUCGUUAUCCCCCUCGCAUUCCUCAUCCUCAUCCUCACUAUAGUCGCACUUUUCGUCCUCAAAUGUCGGAGGGACCGCAAGAAAGAUGAACAGGAGAAUCUUAACUACUCGUUUGCGCCUUAUGAGCAAUGGCAGACUCCUCCCCAGCCUCACAACCAACAAUGGCAGGCUGCCCAGCACUCUCACAAUCAAUGGCCAGUGAACCAAUACCCGAUGGCUACGGCGCAGAUGGAGAAAUCGGUACCAGUACCGGUUGCAUAUCCGGUUCAGUAUCAAAGUCAGCUUGAUUCGAGGAGUCAAGCUUGA